UUCCAGAAAGCUCUGCAGACUGUUUGCUGCUGGUGGUACAUUCCUUGCUGAUGACUCAGGAUCCUGCAUAGGAGGCCCUGCAUAUAUAUCUGAGCAUCUCAGGACUGUCUGCAGACCCUGCACAUCAGGCGGCCGGACAGCAUCCAGAGCUGGACUCCAGAGCCGGAGAUGAAGUCGUUUGCUCUCUACCUCCUCCCGGUGGUCAUUCUGUUCAGUGCCACUGAGGCUUUGCUGCCCCCUGAGACCCUGAAACAGAUCUCGGAGGAGGGCGGUAAGUACGUCACCACCCAGUUUGAGAACGCCCUGAAUGGAGUGACACAGAUGAAGCUGCUCAUGGACCAAGCUGCACGGGAGCACCAGGAGAUCCUGCGCUCUCUGGAGGAGACCAAGAGGCACAAGGAGGGCGCCAUGAAAGAUGCGCUAGAAUCGGAGCAGCAGCUGUCGGACUCUCAGGAGAUCUGCAACGACACGGUGCUUGCGCUGUGGGAGGAGUGUAAACCCUGCUUAAAGCAAAGCUGUGUCCGGUUCUACUCCAAGACCUGCCGGAGCGGCUCGGGCCUGGUCGGACGCCAGUUUGAAGACUUCCUGAACCGAUCAUCUCCAUUUUCCAUUUUUAUCAAUGGAGAGAAGGUGGAUGCUUUGAGCAAGCAGGACGAGCAGCAGCACAUGACGCUGGAAGACCUGGAGGAUGGCUACAGCAUUGUGGAGGACAGUGUGGAUGAGCUCUUCCAGGAGAGCAUGAAAGCCUUCGCCCACAUGAAACCAUUUGUCACCAGUGCUUUCCAGGGUACGCCCAAUUUCCCAAGGUGGAACCCGUUUCCUUUCGAUAGACUCAACUUCCCCUUCCAUCAACCAUCCCGCAGGGAGCGCUCCACUCUCUUCGACCCAUUUUUUCCAGGCAACUUCGAGUCUCUUUUUGAUGCUGCAAAGAAGAUCAUGGAAAGACACAACCAGCUGGCACGACAACCCACCCAGGGCCAAGGGAAUUCAACAGAUGAUAAAGUGGUCUGCCAGGAGCUGAGGAGGAACUCCGCCGGGUGCCUGAAGAUGAAGGAGAAGUGUGAAAAGUGCAAGGAGAUCCUAGCGAUUGACUGCACCAACAGAAAUCAAGUGCAAGAGAAAUUAAAGGAGAAGUUUGAGGAAUCCAUUCGUGUGGCUGAGAAGUUCACCCGGCAGUAUGAAGACUUACUGCAGAGGUUCCGGGAGAAGAUGCUAAAUGCGACCAGUGUUCUAGAAGACUUAAGUCAGCAAUACGGAUGGGUGUCCAAGCUCGCCAACCUCACCCAGGGUGACAAGAACGGAAUAUUCCAAGUAUCAACAGCAUAUUCCAGCAGUGGUGGGGAACCAUCUGAGACGACUGUAACAGUGAACCUUUUUGACUCUGAGCCUUUCACCUUCACUGUACCGGGCAAUAUCAGUAUUGAGGAUCCAAAACUAGCAGAGCUCAUAGCUGAGGAGGCUUUGAAGAGAUUCAAGAAAGACGUCAUUGAGGCCGCCUGAUUGGACACAAUGGGCUUUGUAGCCGCAUGCUUCCACCUAAAGCCACCACUUUCCAUAACCCACUAGAAAUCAGCCUUUACUGUUCUGGUCCAGAUCUCUAGAGGUUCGUGGACAAUCAUCUACGUAACUCUCCUCGUCCGGCGCUGAAACCCAGUCUAACUGCUGUCACAUUAUUACUACUGGUUCUAAUGUUUGCUGCUUUUUUUUGUAGGGACCAAAAAUGUAAAAAAAUAAAAAAAUUGCCUUUAACGGA